UGAAGAGCCAAGAAAGAAACGAGUGUGGGAACAGAGACCACUGUACAGAAUUGCCCUACUUCUCCUCCUGGAAGUUUCUGGCUCGGAAAAGGGGGAGUGUGGUGGUCUUCGAAGACGUACAGGGGAGGCAUGUCGGCCACGGGCUGAUGAUUUAGCAGACGCACGCUACCUGCUCGAUAAAAUGACUUGCUUCCUUGAGCUGUAUCCAGAAAUCAGGAGGCGACGGUCAAAGAGGAGUUGAUCGAAGCUUGUCCUGCUGGAAACAUGGGCGGCAGGUACAAGUGAGGAAAUGAGGAGGAGGAGAUUGAAAUUGACGAGCUCUUGAGCUGGUGGAUUGCUUGCGUUCGACUAGCAAAUGAGGAGGUCAGCAAAAACAGUUUGCUGUGUGUUGUCUACUACAAGUACGGGGAUGGCGAAGACUUUGUGUCCCGACACUCGGAAGAAGUGGCAGCUUAUCAUUGGGAGACAGCACGCCUUGACUGCUUAGUUUUCUUCUAUUGGAGAUCGGCUAUUCUCCCAAUGGGCUGUAAAAGUUUGACAGGAGGCUUUAAGGCAAAGAUAAGCCAGGGAACAACACAUAUGCUACUUUGAUGUAUUCUGUUCCUGUCUCCAUUCAUCUCCCACCUGUGAGUAGCUUCUGCCCUCCAUCUUGCAGAGUAAUUGCAGCCAACCCUGUUGGCCUACACACGGUAGAAAGCAAAGAUCCCAAUGAUCCAGACUUUUAAAAGAGGUUCGAAAAGCAUGGUAAUUUAAUGUUUGGAGAGCGAUGUGCACCUCCUCGUGAUGAGCAUUUCACUCCUGCCGCUACUCCCAUCCUCUCCCUCUCUCUCCUCUCUCGCGUUCGAAAACCCUAGCCCUGGUGAGGUAUCUUUCGAUUCGUUAUCUACGGUCGCGAUCCUAGACUCUUCUUGGUGGUUCUUGAGUCGGAUCUACGAUUUGGUUGUUCGAUCCGGAUCUGUGCUGGCGUUGGUGGUGGGCUGGUUCGCGGAUCAUGAUCAGCAGUAAUUCAUGGAAGAUGUUGAUCAGGUUCUUUAAGUAUAACAAUAUGUACAAUUAUGGAAUCUAUAAAGAUGAGCUUGGUGUUUCAUAUUACUGCUUCAUUCCCUUCUGAUGUCUUUCUAAGAGAUGGGUUAGUCAUUUAAUCUCUGAUCUCGACAUUGAGGUAGAUUUCUCACGUCUCAUUAAACCAUCACCUAGAAAUGGGUUCCUCUGGUGGUACUUCUGAGAUUGUUGAAUCAAAUGAAGAACCAAAUUUGGAUAAUUACUUUGGUGGAUCUAAGACACUACGUAUUAAGCUCAAACCUAGUGUACAAGAUGGUAAGUGCCAGGAUGUAGAAGAUGACCUUGAUCGACUUUUGAGGGCGAUUGAUCUCAGGGCCUCAUCUGGGGUUCUUGGUCCCUCUUGUCAGCCAGGGGUUGACUUGAUGCGAAAGAAUGCCCUGAAGAAGCCAGUCAAAGUUGGAGGAUCUCGACCGUCAGGCAUAGGAAUAUCAGAAUCUGUCACUUUAAAACAGUCUUUAAGAAGGCUAUGCAUUUCCCAGGCAUCGGAGAUGGCUGCUAUGAAGAGGCUAUCAAAGCCAGUUAGCUUAUCUAGGACCUCCGAAGCUGGAACAAUUAAGAGGCUUUAUGCAUCUGUCGUGGUUCAAUCAAGUGACUCUGGUCUUCCUCUAAAUGGAGAAAAGAGAAAUUUGGUCGAAAUAUCCAUCAUGCCCGAAAAGGCCUCAGCAGAUUCUUCGAAAAAGACAAAUGGAUUUGGUCAAGGGCAAAAUUCUGAGUCAUGUGAUCGGGGUGCUGUUUCAUCUCUUCUAUCUGCAGUUCCCAAUACACCCAAGGUAACUAGGAUCAGAAUUCAAGAUAUAAUUAAGCCUACAUCGGAAGAAUCCUGUGAAAGUCAAUCAGCUGCAGUUGAGAUAGGAAAGAAGGGAAAAUCAGUUUCUAAAGCAUCCACAUCUACCUCACAGGCAGUUGCUGCAUCAAGCAAGGCUAUCGAGAAGCCAUGUUUAACCAAGCCAGUAAAUAAGAACAUGACCACCAAAAAGAAAGGAAAGCCUGAGCCAGCUUCAGCAACCAGUGGUUCCACCAAGCAUAGUGAAGUAAACAAAAGUGGUGCGACUCUGCCUACAACCAGAUCAUGUUGUCCGAAGGAAUCUGUCAGUCCUGCAUGUACCACACCUACAACCAAAUCAUUCCGUCAUAAGGAACCUGUCAGUCCUGCAUGUACCACACAUACAACCAAAUCAUGCCAUCAUAAGGAACCUGUCACGCCUCCAUGUAUUACGCCUACAACCAAGUCAUGUCGCCCUAAGGCUCCUCUUGCUCCUGCAUCGAGCACUGUGAAUCCUGCCGCAUUAAUUGAUAAGGCCAGCAUUGAUAGUGGUGCCAACAAAACCUUUUCGACCCCGAAUAUCCAUGGCAGCAGUAGAGUCGUCAGUGUUAAAGCAAGUGAAUUCUCUAGAUCAAGAGAAAAAGGAGAGUGCUCUCAUAGUUCGAAAAGCAGCAUUGGGGAUUAUAGUAGCAGCACUAGCAUCAGUGAGGAGAGCCAUCAGAGUGGUGCUAGUGUGAAAGGCUGUAGACCUCACAUGUCAAAGGAUGUGAGAUGGGUGGCCAUCCGUCAGAACUUAAUUCAACAUGGAAGCUUAGGUUUGAAGAAUUUUAAGCUCCUCAAACGACUUGGUUGUGGUGAUAUUGGAACAGUUUAUCUUGCUGAGCUGGUUGGUUCGGAGUGUUUGUUUGCAUUGAAGGUCAUGGAUAUUGAUUUCCUGGUUAGCAGGAAAAAGAUGCUGAGAGCACAAACUGAAAGAGAAAUAUUGCAAAUGCUGGAUCAUCCUUUCCUUCCAACCCUCUAUGCUCAUUUUACAACGGAUAACCUCUCAUGUUUAGUUAUGGAGUAUUGUCCAGGUGGCGACCUGCAUGUUCUUCGACAGAAGCAACCCUGCAGGAGUUUUUCUGAACCAGCCGCUAGGUUCUAUGUUGCAGAAGUGCUCCUUGCUUUGGAAUACCUACACAUGUUGGGUGUGAUCUACCGUGAUCUCAAACCAGAAAAUAUUCUGGUUCGUGAGGAUGGCCACAUUAUGCUCUCUGAUUUUGACUUGUCUCUCAGAUGCUCUGUAAGCCCGAUCCUUCUCAGAUCUGCCUCAUUAGGCACACAAGAGUCUGAAAAGAAGCUCUCCGGACCAUGCGCUGAAAAUAGCUGCAUUGACCCACUUUGUCUUCAACCAUCUUGGGUUCAAGUUUCUUGCUUCACACCCCGUUUAGUAUCUUCCACAGAAGCGAAGACACGAAAACUAAAAUCUGAAGUGAGUGGGCAGGUAAGACCACUUCCGCAACUUGUGGUGGAACCCACUGAUGCACGCUCCAACUCCUUUGUCGGGACCCAUGAAUACCUAGCUCCCGAGAUCAUUAGAGGAGAUGGACAUGGAAGUGCUGUGGAUUGGUGGACCUUUGGGAUCUUGCUAUAUGAAUUACUUUUUGGUAGAACACCCUUCAAGGGACCUGGAAAUGAAGAAACAUUAGCCAAUGUGGUUUCUCAGAGCUUGAAGUUCCCUGAGAACCCAUGUAUGAGCUUUCAUGCAAGGGAUUUGAUUAGAGGUCUGCUAGUGAAGGAGCCUGAAAAUAGGCUGGGAUCAGUCAAAGGCGCUGCUGAGAUUAAGCAGCACCCAUUUUUCGAUGGAUUAAAUUGGGCCCUAAUACGUUGUGCUGCACCACCCGAGACACCAAGAGGCCAUGAUGUUGGGACCCCUGUUGUGUUCCGUAAGAAAAAAGAAGGUAGAUGUCUUGAUUUCAGGGCGAAUGGGGAGGAUGUGGAAUUCGAGCUCUUUUAGAGAAAUUUCUCUAGUCUAAAGUGGAAGAGUGCACUUUGGCUUGAUGGCUUUUGUCCAUCUUUAUUUGGUACUCAGUUGUUGCGACUAUCUGUUGAUGUAAAUGUAGGUCUAAAUUCCCACUGUUAAUAACUUGAAUAUGAUUUUAGAAAACAUCAGCAUCUUAUCCACACCUACUACAAAUUUUGUCCUCUCGAGGAAGGCCAUUUGUAUUGGUGGGGGUAUCUGAGAAGCAACUUGUACAAUAUAUUGGGCAAGUAAUUCCUAUGUGACUGGUGGAAGUCAAGGUGUAAUUGCGUUAGUGGAUUUGGUGCCAGGUGGGAGACCUAUCUGAGUUCAAGAUAUGCAGUAGCCCCUGCUUCUAUGUUUUUCUUCA